CGGUGGCUCACUAAGGUUCCAUUGUUGUGGGAAUGGUGGCAGUGGUGAGUGCGCCUGGCGUUGCCUGGGGAACGCCAGGACUCACAGUAGCAAAAUGGGCCUCUCCCCGACGCCCCUCUUCCUCCUCUUCCUCCCCGAGCACAAAGCAAAGGGCACCCCUUCCUGGUGGAUGUCGGGUGUCCCAUCCAGAACUUUGAGGGGUCCCCUGAGGGACCCGUGGCGGAACCGGCCCCAAGUUCGUCGGAUUUCGCCUAUGUCUUCAGGAGGCUGGCUGAACAGAGAACAAGAUCGGAGUGGGAAAUGAGAGAUUCUUAAGUGGAAACGUACUGUUUAUCAGUUUACGAGAAACUGGAUCAUGGCUUAUUUCAGGAACAUAGAUAUCAUCAAUGUCACCGCCUUGCCAAUGGUGCCCGUAGACGAGCACCUGACUGUCUCCCUCGCUGCGCGGAACACGAUGAAGAAUGCCGCAAGGAAGAAUCUGGAAGACAAUCCACCCUCCUGCCUUAUUGGUUCCAUCCACCAGGUGAACGAAACGAUUGGGGAGCUAGAUCUGAGUCCCAAUGCGUUGGCCAACAACCUGGCAAUUGAGAGAUUUGAGUUGGAGAAGAAGGCUUUGAGAGAGAAAAGUCACGGCGACCCCGACCCGGGAGACAGAGACAAGAGUCCCAGAAAAUCACAGCAUAUUUGCAGAGGCUCGGAAUCUAGGAAUGUCAGAUCUUUCAUCAAUAAAAGGAAAACAGCAGAUAAAAAUCUGCUGGUGGAGCUGUACCAGCACCCAUAUAAAUUUAACAGCGCUGUGCCGAACAGGCUUCCAAAUGGGGUGAACUUCUGUGACAUGGUGGGCAAUGUGGUCCGGGCUGAGAGAAACCGCCUUAGUGGCAAGUCUUUCUGUUCCGAUAGAGAAUUAGAGAAGUUUCUCUCUUCUCCUUCUCCAAGAGCCAUAUGGCUGGAUAGCUUCUGGUGGAUCUUUCACGAGAGGUACCAGCCAAACAAGGAGAUCCAGAAUGAGCUGUUUGAUCGGAUAUCCCAACACUACGCGUCUCUCUUGUUGCAUGAAUCCAAAUCCCACUAUGAAGAGGCUCUCUUAAAAAGGCUGCCAUCACUUCUGAGUAAAGCCCUGUACACCAGCUUCUGUUGCUGCUUCCCACAGUCCUGGUUCAACACGCACGAUUUCAAGUCGGACAUCUGCAACACAAUGAGCCUGUGGAUUUCGGGUAUAUAUCCUUGCCUACAGAGCUAUAACAGCUGGGACUACUCGGAACUAGAUCCAGAGAGAUUCCGGAGAGAAGAAUUAAUUUUGCAGAGAAAACGACUGUUAAAGAGAAGAGAGUUUCUUUUGUCCACUUCUAAGAGCUACCCCUUCCAGAAGUCUACCCAGAGCAAGGAAGCCCAGGGCCCGAAGUCUUCCUGUAUAAAUUCAACCAUGGAGAAAGGUCCUAUGGCCAAGAAGAAAUCACGGGAUGGCUCACAAACACAGAAUGCCACAAAAGAGAAUCGCCGGCAGACUCUGGUCUUGAGGAAAGCUGCAAAACAAGUCAAGAGGAUAUCAGAAGCAAGAGAAUAUGAGAAUAUGCUUCCCAAGCAGUCUUACCCAGCCUGCAAAAGCCCCGAGCUGACUUUGAACUUCUUCAACAUUUACGGGAAGAGCCCUCUGAUUGUGCACUUCCUCCAGAACCACACCAGUCUGCAGCAGUGCGGCAAAGACGUGUUGAUAGUCAGAAGGGAAAAAACCAAGAGCAUCCCUGAGUCCAUCCUGACAUACGCCGAGGUCAUCGAACUGACCCUGAUCAACAUGAAGAAGCGGAAGGAAAACCUUCGCGAGCUGAACUGGCUCCACUGGAAUGAAUGGAGUUAUUUUCAUGAAUACCUAAAGGCACUACAAGAAAACUUCCUCAGUGAGGUGAAGAAUAUCGAUCAGAGAGCAUUGGAUCAAAAGAAGGCAAAUCGCAUGUUCAUCCAACCUUCAACCUUCAUUGAAGAGUCCCCCAACAAGAAAUUUAGAGGAAGCCAUGAGAGGGAGAUGGCGUUUAUUUCAAGGAAGGACACCAAGGAGUCAAAACCAACUCAGAAAAAGGAAGUCCGUUUCCAUAACCCCUCACCUUCUAACACACCUGGAUGAAUCCUUAUCCAAGAAUUGGGAGAACUUUUGGCUGAAGCCUGCCCAUGUUGUUGGGUUUCAUCUAAAACAGAAACAACAACAAAAAAAUAAUACUGCAACACAUUUAAUCAUUCCCAGUCCAUGGGACAAAGAAUAUUAAAGUUCACUUCUCUCUGGACCGAAGUCAGGAUUUAAACUGAAGUCACCUCAUUCAUUCAUGCCUUUACCAACUAAAUCUUCCAGUCACUUAGUAGCAGUAAUACUAUGGAAUACAUAAUAUUAUUAUAUAACACA